AUGCCACGCUCAUCUACUGCGGGUAGGAAGAACCAGAGCAAUCGACACGAGAAUGGCCUCGUCGGCCCCGGCAAGAAAAUAACCAAGCAGAAAUCCAGUAGCCACCUCAACGGCUCGCCUGCCAACGGCGCCGCUUCCGCGGCUGCCUCCGCGCCUCUCGACCUGUCCGCCAAUCGUUCCACAAGCGAUACCGCGGUAACCUCUCCAAUAGCCGGCGUCAAGGGUGCGGAUGGGUCGAAGACGGAUGGCAAUGGUCGUGUGAUGGCGAAUGGACAUAGCAAGGGCGUGGAUAUGGCUUCGGGUCAGGCUAACGGCGUUGUGUCGCAGAACGGUGGCAUGACAGGUACGGCUUCUCGCAAUGGCCCCGGAAAACGAUCUGGGUCAAACGCUUCAAUCAACCCGCUUCAACUCGCGUCCACUAUCCUCAAGUCCUGCCCUAUGUACGACACUAUCGCCAUUUUGAUUUUUCUGCUACAACUCCCGCCGAUGGUCCUUACGCUCGUUCAAUUCUUGUUCGCAUCCUUGACUUUCAUGCCUCCCAGUGGUGCUGCCGCCGGAUCUCUGUCUGCCAAUUUCGACAUUUUUCAGGGUCCCGCUGGUACACCAUCUCUAGGGACAAUGAUGGCCAUGGAUACGUUCUGUCUUCUCUUCUGGGGCCUCUUUAUGUGGACUUGGGCUCAGAAUUUCGCAAUCGAUCUCGCUCAUGUCCAGGUCGCCAUCACGCUAGGCGGCGGAGGAUCCGGAAAGAACGGCGGGGUCAACGGUCUCUGUGUUGGAAUUGUUCUGCUUCUUCACAUCGUUCGCAGCAAGGGCAUUCAAGACUUUGUGGUGGGCCAUCUCGUUUCCGCCAAAUUCAUCAGCCCGGAUCUGCUUUCUCAGUAUUCGAGUCUCCUUCCCGCCGAAUUCCGACGUACCGAAGCAUCUACAUCUCCGAGUUGGCUAAGAAGUCUUCUCGCCGUACAUAUACUAGCACAAGCGGGGACAGCCAUGGCACGACGUUCGAUGGCGAAAAAUCGGGCUCCUGCACCUUCGCGGAGCGGGAAACGCGGGGAUACGGAGGCUUCUGCGGGCUCGCAGGGUCAACCCGAUUCUGCACUCGAGUCGGCUGCUAGUCUUUCUUCUUCUCUCGUGGGACCGGAUGGUCAAUUCGUCAAGGAUGGCAAGGAUCGUUUAACUUCAGCCAAGAAACGCAGGAGGCAAGCCAAUCAAGUUCGAAGUCGCCAACCGUUUUGGGCCGCUCUCGCUAGUACAAAGGUCACCAUCAUGCGAGAAUACGAACAUUCACGAGCAUCUUCAAAAACAACGUGUGGUAUUGCAAUGACUGAAGAAGAUCUGCAAGGUGUUUCCCUGGACGAUGGAUUGGUAUGGAUUACAGAUGUGGAUAGUUCUUCGAUCAAGUUUGCCGCGGGCGAUUUCAGCGAUGAUUCUAUGGGCUCUAGUGACGUCGGUCGCUUAGAAGGUGAUGUGGAACCGUUCUACGUUUGCGUGAACGGGGCUCUUUGGGCUACUGCGACCAUUGUUCGAGUGUCGGACUCCUCAAAGGGGCCAAGCGUGGUACAAUGGCGGGGCGAGGUCUCUGGUCUUGCUCCCAAUUGUGCUUAUACUUGCUCCUUUGUGCGGAGCGAUACUGACGAGGAAAUAUGCGUCAUGAGCGUCAAGACACCUGCGACUGCUGACGCAGAGCAAAGUAAGUCUCCCCAGAAAGCAGUAGAAUACUUGGAGUCAUACAGGAAUCUUACCAUUGGACCAGCCGUUUCAGCAGUACCGACACCCCCACAGCCACUCUAUAGACCUUCCUCCCCUUCGACGACGCUGAAGAAUUCCAUCAACAACGCCGAAGCCAAACUGAACGAGAAGCGCUCUCGAUUGAAGAAGACAAAGAACGAUCACAAACUUCUCAUCUCAAGAAUCCGGAAGGAGCUAGACAACUACAAUCAUCGCUUGCAAAGCGGUACCGACGAGAACAAACAAAAGCAGCGCUCACUUCAAUUGGAGCGAAACAUUCGACAAACAGAGGAAGCCACCACGGCGCUCGAAGUACAAUUAGACAGCAUGGAGAACAUUCCAGAGGAGGAGGUAGAGCAGUGGAAUGCGCAAAAGGCCGAUUUCGACCGGGAACUGGAGCGAUAUAAUUUGGCAAAGGAGGAGCUACAAGAGGCCCGCCUUGUUGCAGCCCAGCAGGUUUCGUCGCUGGAGCAAGAACUGAAUCUGAGUAUUCAGAAGCGGGAGCGACUCCAGGGCCGCCGGACUCGCGUCAAUGAGCAGUAUGAGCGCAUAAUCUCUGCCAAUGCUCAAGGAUUGAAUGAGCGAGAACGUCGUGCGGCCGAGCAGUUUGCCCGGGAACAAGAUCAAGCCAAGAUGGAGUUCAACUUCCAUGAGCAAUUCGCGAGCAUCAGUCAGUCCGUGCAGGAUUUCCAACUGCGUACUGGUCAGCUUUGGCAGCAGGCAUCUGCAAUUGAGCAGGCUAUCCAACAGCAACAGCAGCAGAUGCUUAUGGACUCUGGACCCCUUACCCCCGAGGGCAAUCUACCAGGAACAAAUCCAUUGGCUGAGGUCAAUACGUCUGCUGCCAAUGGUCCGAACGGCCGCUCGCUGUUGGCACUCAGCUUUCCUCCUGCCAGGUCUAGUCCUCUGCAGACCUCUUCUCCGGUUCAUGCUACAUCUUCGCACCCGACUAGCCCUGUACAAGACGCAUUCAUGUCCCAGUUCCCGACUUCUCCAUUCGGCAAUGGAAAUUCGUAUUUCGGAUCUGAAAUCAAUCACCGGGACCGCUCGUUCUCCAACCGCUCCACCCGCAGCAGCUUGUAUGGUUCAGAAUUCUUUGAACCUAAUCGCUUCCCGUCUCUUCAGUUCGACCUGGCCGAAUUAAUGUCUGAAAAGCAGCAUUCUGGCUCAGAGAACAACAGUUUUCUGUACCAGCCUGGCCGUCCUUCGUUGAGCCCAUUUCAACGAGCUACAAGUCGCGGUAGCGGAGCCGGUAGUGGUAGUGGCAGCGGUGGCAGUGGGAGCGGCAGUGGAAGUGGCAGUCCCAAGUCUGCACGCGAUUAA